AUGAAGCCAGUGGAGAUUGGCAGAGCCGACAAUGCCAAAGAUCUGGCACGAAACAUAGGAUGCGAGUCGGACAGGAAUUCAGGGGUCCUGAAGGGCUUUGUCAAAAACGAUGACAAUGCACAGUUGCUUUCAUGGGCGACAGAUCUGUGCGCGUUAGGCGAGCCCGUAAAGGAUCAGCUUUGCUACUACGAAGGCCACCAAGCCAACCCUGACGAAUCCUUCCCUCAGCAGCUACAACGGCAGCUGGCAGAAGACUUCAAGGAAUGUGGGCGGGCACUUGUGGAUGAGGGAGUGCUGAAGGAGAACACGGAGAUUGGCAAAGGAAGUCCGACUGCCGUGGCAGCGUUGUUCCAGAUGCUGCUGCAGCUCAUGGAGCUGCACGAAGCGUGUACUGAGGCAAAACAGGACUUGCGCUGGAAGAUCAAGCUUGAAAUCAAUCAAGAUGGCGCAUGUACCAAAUACCACGAUGAUCUAGUGGAGGUGCGCUUUGCCAUGACUCUGGCCGGAGAUGGGACGGUGCUUGCAGACAAUGCAGGAGUAGACUGGAAGUACUACGAGGAAUGUAAAGGCAUCAUCCCAGCACUUGCGGAGAAUCCGGAUGCCAGCGCAGAAGUCGCCCAAAGUAUCAUAGAGAACUGGAACCAAAGGGUGUGCAAGGGAUGCAUGGAAACACAUGCAGGUGAUGUCGCAAUCAUGAAGGGUGGCAGGCUCUCGAAAUUUCCGUGCUUGCACCGAGCCCCGUAUUCUGCUGGUGAAGGUAAGAACCCAUGUCGGUUUCUCAUCACCUUGGAUCAUAUCCCCCGAGAUGACCUGGAAGAGUUUGUGAAUAUGGACUUUGGCGAGGAUGAAGAUGCAGAAAUGGGGCAGCCUCAGCCUGAUGGACUUUUGCCUGUCACAGUCCUUAGCGGCUUUUUGGGCGCCGGGAAAACCACACUUCUGCAGCACGUGCUUCAGAACCAGGACGGGCUUCGGGUGGCGGUUAUCGUCAACGACAUGGCGUCGGUGAACAUCGACGGCUUGCUGGUGAAAGACUCCAAAGUGCUGACUGGCAAGGACAAGAUGGUUGAGAUGCAAAACGGCUGCAUCUGUUGCACCUUGCGAGAAGAUCUCAUUGAAAACGUCACCCAGCUGGCCAAAGAGAAGCGUUUUGACUACCUUCUCAUUGAGAGCACGGGCAUUUCCGAGCCUAUGCCGGUAGCAACGACGUUUGUUCAUGAGCACGGAGGCAAGCACUUGCUGGGCAGCGUUGCCCGUUUAGACACACUUGUGACCAUGGUUGAUGCUGUCAACUUCUUCAAGGACUACAACCGUCCUGGAAGUGCUGGAAAAAAGCUCCGUGACCGACCAGAGUUGGGCGCGGAACCAACAGAUGAGCGAACCAUCUCCUGCCUGCUGACAGAUCAAAUUGAGUGCGCCAACCUCAUUGUGCUUAACAAGAUGGAUCUUAUCAAGGAGUCGGAGGCCGUAGCCCUGGAGGGUUUCAUGAAGAAGCUGAACCCCAAGGCGAAAAUUGUGAAAGCCACCUUCGGGAAGAUCGACCUCAAACUCUUGCUGAACACCAAGACCUUCAACAUGGAAGAAGCCGUGCAGAUGCCCGGUUGGUAUCAAGAGUUGCAAGGGAACCAUGUGCCUGAGACUAUGGAAUACGGCAUCUCCAGCUUCGUCUUUCGUUCGCAAAGACCUUUCCACCCCACACGGCUCAACAAGCUCCUGCGGAACGGUCUUGAAGGCGUGCUUCGUUCCAAAGGUGUCAUUUGGGUCGCCGGCGUCCACGCUCAUUGCUUGGUUUGGCACCAGGCAGGUGAGACUCUGAACCUCGAA